GGCUUCUGCAACAAUGAAUGGAAGAAUAACGUCUUAUUAUGCGUUUAUUCUCACAUAGAGAUCGGAUUUCUAUAAUCUUUAGAGUGCUGAAUUGCGAAUGGAAAUAUUCCCGAAUACUCAGAAGGAAUUUUAAGUGCUGAGAUUCAAUGAUAUAAAUAGCCGACGGUACUCCUCGAGGUACAGUAGUGUUUUUUCGAUCGUCCGUGUAUCAUCUCGUGUAACAUCGCCAAAAUCUAUUCAAAAUGCUAAAGCAGCUCGUCGUUCUUGCAAGUUUGAUUUUUCUAAGUUAUGCUUGUUUGAUUACGAAUUGUCCUCGUGGAGGAAAGAGGGGUGAUGUCACGUCUUCUUUGGGAACUGUUGCACGGGAAUGUCCUUCGUGUGGUCCCAAUCAUCUAGGCCAAUGCUUUGGGCCCCAUAUCUGCUGUGGCCCUAGUAUCGGUUGCUUCGUAGGAACACCAGAAACAUAUCGAUGCAGAAAGGAAAGUCUAUAUACAAGGCCCUGCGUCGCUGGAUACGCGAUGUGUCGUGGAAAUACAGCAAGAUGCGCUUCAAACGGGAUUUGCUGCUCGCAAGAAUCCUGUCACGUGGAUACAUCGUGCAGAAUUUCCGAUAUUGCCGGCAACGACCGAAAACUCGAUGCUAAUUUGAAUGUGAUACUCCCAGGCAACGAAGUCUCUAGCGAAAUGUUUCAAUAAUGUAACUAAUUAAUUUCACAGUUAUUGUUUAGUAUUCUGAUAUUUCAACUUAUAUAAAAAUGCAACUAUCCGGUGUCAACAAUGAAACAAAUAAAAGUGCAAAUCUAUAAAUUA